AUGGGAAACUAUUUUAAAACUAAACCUAAAGAUAAACUUGAUAGAGAAAUGAUCGAAUUUCUCAAAUCUCGUAAACUUCUACACAUUAACGAAGUAUUAUGAUAUUUAAACUAGGCUAUUGAUGUUGUAAAUACUAAAUUCCCUAAUUCAAAAUAUUUAGAGUACAGUGAUUAUUGUGAUGUAUUCAACCCAAUUUUAGAAAUUUGGACAUAACAUGUAUACUAACUCUUGUCUUCUAAUUCUUCUUUAGAAGGGUCUAAUGAUAUUUACGAAUCAUUAGCUGUAUUGGUAAUUAAAUGAAUUAACUUAUAGACAAUAUUUAGUGAUGAAGAAUAAGAACUUAAAUUAUAGUUCAUAUUCUAAUUAUUUGAUACUGAUAAGUCAGGUGAAAUAGAGAAGGAUGAAUUAGUGGUUGCCUUAGAAAGAUGUAUUCGUGGCUUAUGUAAGUUAGUACAUUUGCCUGCUCCUUCAAUAAAAGAUAUCGAUUUUUAUGCAGAACGCUUAUUUCUAGAAUUGGAUAGAGAUUACAGUUAUACAAUAUCAUUUAAUGAGUUUAAACUAUGGAUUAUCGGAAAUUUUGAAUUACAAGACUUUCUAUUAAAAUAUGCACUUAUCUAAACAUAUGAAAAUGCAAGCAGAAGAUAUAAAGAAAAGAGAAUUCUCUAUGAAAACUUUUUUAUAAAUGCAGUUGGAAAUGAUAAAUGUUAAUUAUGUGAAUUAGAAUCAAUCAAACAAUUAUUUUUGACUGAAUUCAAUAAUUAAUAAUAAGAAAUUCUUGAUUUACUUUUUAAAACUUUAUAAGAUUCUUCUAAUGCUUACUUAGAACAAAAAAAUGAUGGAUGGAUUUGUAAAUAAGCAUAUUUAGAUGUAAUGAAUGCUUGGGCUGCUUUUGAUGCUUCUGAUAUCAAUUACGAUAAUGAAGUCUCUAUGUCAGAAUUGAAAUAUUUAAUUUAUGCAUAUGAAGGAGAUAAACCAGAUUAUUAUAGAUUACAAACAGAAAUGGAGAUACUAGAUAUGGAUUAAUCAGGAAGAAUUACAAGAGAUGAAUGGAUUAAAUAUCUUUGUGUAAAUGAAAAAGGAAAAUACGUUUUUAGAGGAACAUUAUAACAUUAAUUUAAUGAAUAUGAUAAAGAUCAUAAAGGCAUGCUAUCCAUAAAAGAUAUUAAAGAUUUAUUGAAUAAUUCAAUGAAAGAUUUAAAAGUCAGUUAUAAGGUAAAUUAUAUAUAUAUAAAUUAAGAAAUUAAAUUCAACCUAAAAUUUUGAAGAAAUGGUUGAUGAUUUGAUAAAUGAUAUUGUUUAAUAAUUACAAGAAGGAAAUUAAGAUUAAUAAUCUAAUUAAAAUUAGCUGUUGUUUGUAUAUAUUAUUUAUUUAAUUAGCUUACUUGGAAUGAAUUUAAAUCAUUUAUGGAAAAGGCAACCUUAAAGCAGGAUUAACUUCGUUAGUUUUUAGCAAAACUUUGA